UUUGUAUUGACGGAAGUGGUAAAAUUGGAACUACUCCGUUCAAGUUGAAUAAACAUUUUUCUCUAAUAAAUCUUUGUACCACAGCUCAGAAAUAGUACUUAAUCUCUCAAUAAUCAGGGUGAAAGUACCCAAAUCCCAAGUGAUCGUUAAGCAAUCACAUUAUUCUAAUAUGGAGCAAAAACCGAAAGAAGUAGUUGAUCAAGAUUUGCAAGAAGAGGGUCAGUUUGUUGUUGAUGAUGUUAGUAAAAUAAUAAAAGAUGCUAUAGAAAAUGUAAUUGGAGGGAAUGGUUAUCAGCAAACCAAGGUCAACAAUUGGACAACUGCUGUAGUAGAAGCAUGCACAUCUGAAUUGACCAAACUUAUGAAACCUUACAAAUAUAUCGUCACAUGUACAAUAAUGCAGAAGAAUGGGGCUGGUUUGCAUACUGCAAGUUCAUGCUAUUGGGAUAACAAUACUGAUGGUAGUUGCACAGUUCGUUGGGAAAAUAAAACAAUGUUUUGCAUUGUAUCUGUUUACGGCCUAGCCAUAUAAUAAUCAAAAGUAGAAUAAUAUAUAAGAUGCACUUACUUGUACUAAUAGCAAUUGCAAUAUUAUUUGCAGAAUACUUUAUUUUAGAAUUCAGUUAGUUUCUACGAUAUUAUUUAUUUUAUGUUUGUAUUUCUGCAGUGAUACUUUAGUUAAUGUACCUACCUUCAGAUAAGUUCAAUUCAGAGAUAAAGUUUUAGUUUAAUGGAGUCAUAUGAAAAUAUUUUUAUUAAUUAUGUAACUUCAAUGUGAUAAAGGAAAUAAAUUAAUGAGAUUAAAAUAUA